AUGAGACAACCUGACAUGUCCCAUUCGCCCGCAUAUUAUCAAGAGCAUCCCCAGAUCGCUGCCUCAUAUCUUUCCGAUCGUGAAAACCAACCAUCUGCUCCUCCGACCGCCCACGUACCGACCGAGUCGCAUCGUGCGUCGCCGCGACACAACGACCCUCCAUCGGAGCGAACCUCCGUUCACACCUCCCUCAGACACUAUCCCUCCGAUCCCUGGGACUCUUCAUAUCCUCCCUCCAACCGCCAUUCCCAGCAAUACCAGUCCGUGAAGCCGGUCCACCAGAUACAGCAGGCUGCCGCGGCUCCAUUGACCAGCGGAGCCGCGCGCAAAGAAGACCGCGUUCGUGGAAGUUGGACCGAUCAUUCGUCAUACAUGUCGGGGGACAAUCGUAAUCAUGGUGCGGCUCGUGUUCAGAAAAGGGCAAUGCAGGAUGACGAGUUCGUCGCGGACGAUAGUCAGGAUGCGCUCUUGAUGCUGUUUCGGAUGUCUCUUCCCAUUCCCGCCUUCUCCCUCCUCACAACCCUUUACACUAUCUUCGGGCUCCUUUUUACACUCAUCGUGUCGCCUCUACGGCUAUGCUCUUGCGUACCCUACCUCCGAAAGACGUCGUUCCGUGCCCAAUUGUGCGACCUCCUGGUCCCGCAAUUACACAUUCACGAGCGCUUGAUCGGGUUGCGACAGGCUUCAUCGCAUUCGGUAUAUAACGACGGGGAUCGAUCAUCCGUCACGGACUAUGGUGAAGGCUACUCGGUCGGAGGACUGAUUAUGGUCCUCCUCUUGUCGUCACUCAUGUCAUUUGGCCUGCUCCUUCUCGCAUGGACAGCAGCAUUCUUCUGGAUCUUCGCUAUGAUUCUCGGAAACCCUGACGGAACGGAACGAAAGGACGACGGUCGAGCUGCUGUUCUCGGUGUCAGCCGAUGGUGGCAGCUUUGGCUGGGCAGGGCACGACAGUCGCGCGGAUGA